AUGGAAGUCGACCAGAUUUCCAAGAGGACAUGCGAACAGAUGUUGCUUAACACUUGUAUGACUGUCGACCUUCCGAACAAUCGCCUUCUCAAACCAGUUGUCGCCAGCGACAAAAAAUUUUUGUUUUCGAUCAUCGGAUCCAUCGAUAGCGGACUACCACUCAAUUAUUUCUGGAGCGGAUUACCUACUCCCUUUCCAAUUCCUUCCCACCAUCGGCUGUUCGUCCCCGAACUCUACAACCGCAUGCAGACUUUGGCGCUCAGACGCGGCCUUGGAAACGGUCCGCACGACUAUCAUCUAGUCCCUGUGGACCUUUGCCCUCCUUGCUGGCAUAAAGGCGCAGCGAGAGAUGCGAUCGUCUUGGACGUCAACAACAAGACGCACGACGAAUGGAUCGAAGAGAAGUUCGGGGAAUACCCAGGGGUGACAAGAUCUGGCGUACGGCGCACAGGCACGUUGAGGGACGGUCGUUUAAGCGGCUACCAGCCACAGGCUCAACCUCAACCCCAACCUCCUCCGUCACUGUCCCCAGUCAAUCAGCCUCAGCCUGCAAUAGCUAUGGCGGCAUUGCUGGCUCAGCGAGCCCCGCAUGCACCAAUGCCAGCGAUAGACCCGCGUUUUGAGGGCCCUGUGGUCGCCGCGUUCGGGUCGACGCCUAUAUCGCCUGUGCAUUUCACCAAUGCUGAGGGUAGCUUCUCUUGUUAUGUGGAGGCUGCUCAUCGGCGUGAAUAUGAGGAGGCGGCGGUAUCCCCGUCUCAUACUGAUGGAUCUGAUGACGAACCUCACUAG